AUGACGAUGAUAAACGACAUCCGCUCGUUAUUUUUAAAAUGUAAUGUUUUAUUCUCGAUUUUACAAGCUUGUUAACCACUUUUAAAGGCAUAAACUAUUUAGUUAAAUCUAUGUUUCUUUAUGAUUUAGUUUUGAUGAUAAUAAGUAAGUUCUGAUUAUGUUGUAGUAACUUCCUUAUCAUACCCUGCUGAUCAUAACUUUCAAGUACUGAGGACAACCCCGAAUAGCCCGUAAGUAUGCAGAGUAAUCUACGCACACGGCACAGUGACUUCGACACAUGUGGCCCUAAAGAAAGGCCCUUGAACUUGGCACGCAAGUCCGACAGUACCUUCGCAACAUACGACACCCUUGACGCAGCGCUGUUUCUCAAAACGAAAGAAGACGUUAAAGUCGAUAAGAGCGCUUUGGGAGACGAGACUUCUGACUCGGAGAAACUAUCCGUAAAAUGUGAAAAGUACUAUAAAAAGUACGAACUCGACGAGUUUCCCGUAAAAGAUGUCUCUGGCAAUAGCAGUAAGGCUGCAGUAAGAUACCAGGGACAUGGCGACGCUAAGACUCUGAUGAACACUCAAUCAGAGCUUGAUGCUGAGAAGUCGAUCCAAAAGAAUGUAUCCCAACAACUGCAGACGGAGGAUGGCUCGUUAUGCAGUCUCGAGUCUAACAUCAAGUUCUUCAAGACCACGGUUCAAGAAAUCCUCGACAACUUCUUCACCAGCGUCCAAGACUUCGAGGUGUACAAGAAGAGAUUCCACGAGAUUCUAGAAAAAAGUCACGAGGACUCUGUCAUGGAGAUGGAAGAGUUUAUCAAGGACAUGAUCCAUCACGUGAUGACGUCAGAGCCCUCGGUCAGCGGGAAGAAGUCUCUGGAACACACUGCGACUGACGCAUUAUCCAACAAUGAUAAUUACAACUUGGACUCGUCUAAUGUGGGGAGCAAUGUUUCCCCUUGCGAAGACAGGGAUAAGGCAACUCUUCAACUGUUGUUUGACGAUAACAGCAGCUCCCGAUCCAACCGCUACAGAAAUCUCUUCUCCGAGGUCCACCUGCAAUAUGCUUUAGAAUGCCGAGACAAGAAAGUGGUUUCGUUAGACAACUUCAACAGGAUUAACCCCAAAAAAUUGCAGCUGGAUAGAUGUAUGCUGGACGAUAAACAAACGAAAAUGUCGGAAAAGGAUAUCCCGGUAAAGGUAUCGUCAGCUAAGCGAGAUAUGCACAAAGCUGAAGAAGAGAUGGCCACUGAAGAUUUAAACGCCUGCACCAAAUCAUUCAUGUCUCGCCUUUGCGCCUACUUUUGUAAAAAACUACGCAGAUGUUAACUACAUAAUAAUUUAUU